UGGUGAGAUCUGUCUUCCUAUUGGUGCUUUGGACCUUGUGUCAUCUCUGCCCCAGCGCGAGAGGGAUGACUCUGUGUGGACUCUGGUCUCUCACGCUGUGUGAGGAGAAGACUCUCUGGCAAACUUUGUUACAUGUUAAAACUAUGGAUCAGUGCUUGAUGAUUCCAGUGGUGGCGGCUGUUUCUGCGGUGGUAGUGUCGGUGCUGUACUUCCUCCUGGGAGGCUCUGCAGGAGAGAAGAAGAAGAAGAAGCUGCCUAUCACUCUGCAGGAUUCCAUUGUCAAAUAUCCCCUUCCCCUCAUAGACAAACAGGAAAUCAGUCAUGACACAAAGAAAUUUCGGUUUGGCCUUCCAUCUGCAACUCAUAUCCUUGGACUGCCAGUAGGUCAGCAUGUGUACCUGUCAGCCAAGGUGAACGGCAGUCUGGUGGUCAGGGCCUACACUCCAGUCUCCAGUGAUGAGGACCAGGGAUAUGUCGACCUUGUGGUCAAGGUGUACUACAAGAACUGCCACCCUUCCUUCCCAGAGGGGGGGAAGAUGUCUCAGUACCUGGACAACAUGGCUAUUGGAGAUGCCAUUGACUUUAGAGGACCCAAUGGACUGCUGGUGUAUAAGGAAAAUGGUCUGUUUUCCAUCCGACCAGACAAGAAGUCAGAGCCGAAAGUUCGGAAGUUUAAGCACGUUGGAAUGAUCGCUGGUGGAACAGGUAUCACUCCUAUGCUGCAGUUAAUCCGCAGCAUCACAGCAGACCCCACUGACAACACCAAGUGCUCUCUCAUAUUUGCCAACCAGACUGAGAAAGACAUCCUACUGAGGGAGGAGCUGGAGGAGGUGAAGAAGAACCAUCCGGACAAAGUUAAACUCUGGUUCACACUGGACAAACCUCCGCAGGAUUGGAGCUACAGUUCAGGGUUUGUGACCUAUGACAUGAUCAAGGACCACAUUCCUGCUCCGUCCACCGAUGUCCUUGUUGUCCUGUGCGGUCCUCCACCGAUGAUCCAGAACGCCUGUCUGCCAAAUCUGGACAAGCUGGGACACAGAACAGAAAACAUUUUUGCAUACUAGUGUUCUGAUUAACUACAAAAGUGGUUUAUGCUCUGUAAUCAUUCAAUCACUACACCAACAAUCACUCUAUGAACACUGUUGAUGGUCUGAUACUAUCCAAAAACACAGACAAGUGUAUUGUGUAUAAGCAUGUGUGAUUUUUGAUGUCAGUGACACCAGAACAACUACAGUGCAAACCUGUACCAUAAAAUGGGUACGUAUUGCGUACUUUUAUAUACAGUAUGUCAUCAAACUUCCUAUCUGUGAUUACCUUUUGUACAACACAACAGUUGGUUUUAAAAAUGAAUCUCUUUUUUUAGGCCAAAAUGUAGUUUUUUGUGUGAAAUAAAGAUGUAAAAACAA